UGCAACCUGUUCACCAUGGGUGACGCUGCUGGUAUUUGAAAUACUGGUGGCAUAGCUUCCAUCAUCACAACAACACUCAAGCCAACACAGUAUGACGAACUGACAGAUGAGUGGUGGAAAUUGUAGCUAUAAUGAGCCAGUAAUAAUUAUCUGUAUUCUUUUGAGAAGAGAAUGGUAUUUUUUUUGUUUGUAUUUAUUUUGCCCAGUAUAUUAGCCAACUGUUUUUUUGUGGUUUCUCUUACCCAGAAAGUUUAUCAAUUCUAAUGUAAGUCAGUAGUGUUGGUAAAAUAGACCUCACUUUUUCUUUUUUAAAAUUUAUACUUGUUUUAACCUCUUCAAGUAGGCCUAAUGCUCUUAUCACUAAUUUCUGUACAAGAAGCUAAUAAGGAAUGGUGCAUGCUAGAGUAAUUUUGUUACCGUUUAUAAACUGAAAGUAAUCUUCUAGGCAACUUUUCUUUAAACAAACACAAAAACACAACUAGGUAGUAUGGGCUUAGUUUACCUUUCUUGAUAUUAAUCACCUUUUGCAUACAUUUAAAAAAAAUCACAAGACAAGCAUAAUAAAUUUCUGUCAAAUAGCUGACUUAAGCCAAAAUGAAAUUUAAAUUUUCUAAGGAUAGGCUUAGUAGAUUUAGAUUUAAAUAAAACUUUUAAAUUUCUGUUACUUAUAACUUGAGAAUUUAUUGACAGUGUUGAGGAAAGCUAACUUAAAACCCUAAGCUAAAACAAUAUGAAUAAAAAUACAGCCUAAGACAUUUAGCAGUUAAAAAGAAAAUUAUUAAAUCAGUAUUUUGUUUCUUCAUGCAUAAAAAUAUACAGUUUUUGAAACUAGAAGUAAGGAAUAGAAUUUCACCCUCUUUAAUGUGAAACCUCUGCUUAUUUUUGCUGCAUAAAUACUCAAUUCUGGGUCAAACUUGAGAUAAACACAUACAGAUUUUAUUUUCCACUGAAGUGAGACAGUUUCAGUCUUUGCUGUUGAUGUUGUUGAAACAAGAAAAAGCUGGCUCAUACAUGUCAGAAGUUGAAAACUACAGACAAAUGUUCAUUGCUUUCUUAUGUAUGACAGGAUAUUCUUCUUUCACAGAAAUGUAGAACUUGUCUCUGGGCAGAUUAGUAAAUUUCCCCUGGAGUUUAAGAUUACUAGACUGCAUUUACAAAGUUCUUUUUUUCCUCUAAGUUUCCUUCUCAGAUGAGCAGAAGAUUCAGACAAGGUGCCCUUCACCUAGGCAUACAUUUGUGUUGAAAGGGAGGGAAAAUAUUAUUUUUGUUUUUUAGUUUUUUAGUUCUUGAUACAUUAGACUUGCUGAUUUCCUUUUGCUACAUGACUUUUCCAGAGAUUUUCCUUUGAAAUCCCAAAGUCAUGUCACUUGAAGUCAGAGUAUUUUUUUCUAGGGCCUUUCAGAAACUUGUUCAUCUGGUUCACAGGAUAAAAAAAAGUCUCGUAAGAAAGCUUCUGCAGUCGUCCUUCAUCUUCAAAGCACUUGACACGGCAUCAGCAAGGAGAUACACAUCCUCUAACUUUAGAGGAAAUUUUGGAUGAAACACAGCAUUUAGAUAUUGGACUCAAGCAGAAGCAAUGGCUAAUGACCGAGGCUUUAGGGGACCAGAUAAUAUUUGUAAAUCGUCCUGAUAAGAAGAAAAUUCUUUUUUUCAAUGAUAAGAGCUGUCAGUUUUCUGUGGAUGAAGAGUUUCAGAAACUUUGGAGGAGCGUCACUGUGGAUUCAAUGGAUGAUGAGAAAAUUGAAGAGUAUCUGAAGCGACAGGGUAUUUCUUCCAUGCAGGAAUCCGGACCAAAGAAAGUGGCCCCUGUUCAGAGAAGGAAAAAGCCUGCGUCACAGAAAAAGCGUCGAUUUAAGACUCAUAAUGAACACUUGGCUGGCGUGCUGAAGGAUUACUCUGACAUCACUCCUGGCAAAUAGUGAACUGUGCGUCCUUGAGCAAAGGGUUCCAACUCCAGGAUCAAGGUCUUUCUCGUUGAAGCUUGGAAUCUGAAGACUGACUCUCUUCCCAUUCUACUUCUUAGGACUGAGAAGAGCAGUUCAGUCUCAGCACAAGUGCAGACUACCAGACUCAGAGCUUAUUUCAUUGGAUAGGCUGAUGAGAAAUGGGACUUGGUGUGACAUUCACUGUUACCCUUCUGUUACUUCUUGGGGGGAAGGCACUUAGCAUGGCAUGCAAGUGUCUUUGAUAUUUAGCUUUGCUUCGGAAUGGUUCCUGGUUCCAUUUUCCUCUUUUAUUACUUUAGAGCAAGUUUGCAGAUAGGCUUGAAUGCAAUAUUUGUUUAUUCCAAAAGAACAUAUUUAUAAUAAAAUCAUUGUAGAAGGAUUUUAAAGAUGUUAGUGAGUUUGGUUUGUUUCUUUUCAUUCUUGAGAAAUGGCAGAAAGCAGCUUCAGUCGUAACUUCCCCUUGGGCACACAUUUGGGAUGCUGUCGAAGACUGUACUCUGCACUGUGUUGCUCUUGAUCAUAAGAAUUUCAUAACUGGAACACAAGUUAAGCCUCUUGUUACCCAGUUAAAGCAAUAAAGGUACACUAAAUGUAGUAAUUUGAAUGUUUUCUUUUAAAAGGAUAAGUCAGUAUUAUUUAGCCUCGUGGAUUUAGGAGGUUAUGGUCUGAUAUCAACCCAAA